AUGUCUACAGCCUGGUUUCAGAAAACGUUUACGCUUCCUGCCAAGUCUCGUGGCUCCUAUCUCGUCACAGACCAGGUUGUGUCGUCGUUACCGGAGAUCAAGGAAUACAAAGUCGGACUUCUGCACCUCUUUAUACAACACACUUCGUGUGCGCUCUCUUUGAAUGAAAAUUGGGACAGUGAUGUAAGAGAGGAUAUGAGCGAUGCGCUCGAUAGGAUUGCCCCCGAAGAUAGGAAGGGUAACCUAUACAGACACUCGGCGGAAGGGUUGGAUGACAUGCCUGCACAUAUCAAAUCGGCGCUCAUUGGCGCAAGUGUAACAAUACCUAUCACGGACGGUGCCUUGAACACUGGUACGUGGCAAGGUAUCUGGUAUUUGGAAUUCCGGGCGUCGAAGCAUUCGAGAAAAGUGGUAGCGACCAUUCAAGGGCAGAAACAAUAA